UUCGCAAGCCGAAACAUCAGUUUAGUUUACUAUCGGUUCCGUGUCGCAUCCUUCCAGGGGAUUCAGAAGCGUGGAUGCGGAGUAAAAAUCGUGACGCGAUAGAACCAACGAAUCCACAGGAAAAAAUAUCAUCGAAGUCUCGUAAUUAUCGCGCGAGGCAGCGUCCUUUUCUUUCUCGAUUAAGAUCUCGUUUGUCGACGCUUCGACGGACAUUGGAACUUAAUUGUUUAAUAUGCGAAUUUAACGUAGACCGCAGACACCGACGGCAGAGCAACGAGCGGAAGUCGGGGAAACGGAAAAGACAAAGGGGACCAGAAGAUGAGAUACAAGGUAACCGACCCGGAGGACUAUGGAAGAAAUGAGCCAGAAGAAACGAGGGAAAACUCGAUGGUUUCGAGGCAGCAGGUUCGGAGGGAGGGAAAGGAAUUGGGCGGAAAGGAGACGAAACUGGUGAUAAUCGUGGGCUUGUUGACGGUGACCGUGGUUGCCUUGGUCGUAACGCUAACUUUACAGAUAGCAGUGUUCCGUCGGGAAGAGUACAAAGAGAUGUGCCAAAGCGAGGAGUGCGUAAAGACAGCCGCGAGGAUAAUAGAGGCGAUGAACAGGUCCGUAGAUCCUUGCGAUGAUUUUUACAAAUUCGCCUGCGGCGGUUGGAUCACGAAGAACCCCAUACCCCAGAGCCAAACUUCCUGGGACCAAUUGAGCCUUCUAAGAGAGGAGCUCCUGAAGAAUCUAAGGAUCCUGCUCGAGGAGCCCGACAACGAGGACGAUCCGAAACCGGUCAAGAUGGCCAGGGCUUUGUACAGAACUUGCUUGGACACUGCAAGCGUCGAAGCAUUGGGAUUGAAACCGGUCCACGAUACCUUGGCCAGACUCGGUUUGCCAGAAGAUCCACCAUCGCGAAGCAACGCGUCGCCUCUGGAUCCAUCGGAGAUCGCUGGAAAGACGCAAAGAGUCCUGGGCUUGGAUCUGUUUCUAAAAUUCUACAUCAGCGAGGAUGUUCGCGACACGUCGAGGAACAGGAUGAUGAUGGAACAAGCGUCUCCUGGAUUCAGCGAGCGCUAUCUUCUCGAUCCGCAACGUUUCCGAUCGGAAUUGAGCGAGUACAAGAAGUACAUCAAAGCCAUGGUCGAGCUGGCUGGCGCCGGGAACAAAAGUCUCAGCUUUGCCACUGAAAUAUUGGAUUUUAGUACGAAAAUCGCUAAGAUUAUGGCGACACCGGAGCAAAGACGCAGCGCUAAUCAUGUCUUUCACGACGUGACGAUCGACGAAUUGCAACAACUUACGGACUUGCACGCGCAACAGUGGAACUGGACAAAGUACGUAGAAGGUGUGUUCAACGAUACGAACGCGACGAUUAACACCGGCCUCGACCGUGUGAUCGUAAUGGAUCUACGCUAUUUACAGGAAUUACCUGAACUGCUUGCGAUCACGCCACCCGCUACCGUGGGGCGGUACGUAUGGUGGAGCAUCUACUCGACGAUCGCCCCGUUAACGUUGCAACGAUUUCGCGACCUAGGCUUCCAGUUCUCGCAAAAGGUUCUCGGUCUGAAGGAGAAGACCCCGAGAUGGAAAGCCUGCACUGGGAACGCGAACGCGAAUUUCGGGAUGGCUGUCAGUUAUGUUUACGCGCAGAAGCAUUUCAACGAUCGAGCUCGCGAAAAGGCACUGGAGAUGCUGUUGGAUAUUAAAGCCGCGUUCGACGAGAUGGUGUCUGAGUUAGACUGGAUGGAUGCUAGCACGAGAGCUCGAGCGCACCGGAAAUUGGAAGCCAUGAGACCCUACGUGGGGAUUCCCGAUUGGAUCACCAACGUCACGAAGCUGGAAAAAUAUUACGAAGGGAUGGAUAUCGUCCCUGGAAGAUUAUUCGACUCGUUUCUGAAGCUGACCGACGCGGGUAUGAAGAAAAGUUUGAAUGCCUUGAGGAAGAAACCAGACAAAAAUCGAUGGAUAUCGACGGGCACGGCGGUGAACGCGUUUUAUAGCGCGAUAUUAAACUCAGUUACUUUUCCUGCUGGCAUUCUGCAUCCCCCAUUCUAUGGCAACGGGCUAGAGUCCAUAAACUACGGUGCCAUGGGCGCUAUUAUGGGUCACGAACUUACUCACGGAUUCGACGAUCAAGGUCGCAGAUACGACGAGACCGGGAAUUUGAGGCAAUGGUGGAGUGCCGAAACAUUGCAACAUUACCUCAAGAAAGUCGAGUGUAUUAUCAAACAGUACAGUAACUAUCACUUGCCAGAGUUGGGCGAUAAUUUCACGAUUAACGGCAUUAACACGCAGGGAGAAAACAUAGCCGAUAAUGGCGGCAUACGGGAAGCGUACAGAGCGUAUAAACGAUUAGAAGCGAGAAAUGGCGGUGAACGGGUUCUACCUGGUCUCGUGGGAUAUAGUCACGAACAAUUGUUCUUCGUGGGUUUCGCCCAAGUCUGGUGUGGUAAUUAUACGAACGGCGCGCUAAAAUCUAAACUGGUGGAAGGAGUUCACGCACCUAAUCACUUCAGAGUGAUCGGAACUCUAUCGAACAACGAAGAGUUUGCGACUGCUUGGAGCUGUCCUGUCGGAAGUCCCAUGAACCCACCUCAUAAGUGUAUAUUGUGGUAAAUUACGCGAAUGAACGCCGCGCGUAAAAAACUCAAACAAACUUUUGUUGAUUUCGGUGAUCAUCCGUGUACACGUUACAGCUGUAGCGGUAAAGUUACAUUAAGACUGAUUCGUAGGUACUAGCGUGUAACCUAGAAUACGUUUAGAUCAUAUUUUUUAGCAGAAAUAACGAUCUGUAAAUAUUAUACAGAAUGAGAAUAAAAUUUUUUAAAUUUA